AUGCCUUCAUCAUCUCAGCAUCCUGCAACUCUGGUCACCUCUCCUCACAAGGCAGCGGACCCAAAGGAUGCCGUCAUGGGUAUCGUUUAUUCUGCUUGGAAGGCAUUGCAUGAGGCAGAGCCCCUCGACCUGGCCAUGGACUUCGAGUUUCUCAUACGUGAGCUCCUUUCUGCCCUGCAUGAUCUUUGCACCUUCUCGGAUGUGGUGUCACAAACACGCUACACCCAGUUUUGCCACAAGGCCCAAGCACAUCUCGAUGCCUUUGUACAGCCAUCGUGGCUUUUGUGGUGCGAGGAGUUGAUCUUGCCCGAGCGAGCUGCUGCCUUUUCAGCGAGCAAGGAUCUGAGCCCCCCUCCGGUGACUGAGGCUUCUGCUUACAUGCCUUCUGAUACUGGGAAGGUCAUGGCCUCUGACUCUCUGACUGCUUCCACCAGCACUGAUGAUGCUUUUCUCUCUGUUGCUCUGGCCUCUUCUUCUGUAGUAGCUGCACCUGUCAUGGCUCCUGCUGCUAUUGGUAUUCCUGUCCCAAAGUUUGAGUUCCAGGCCUGUGCAACAAACCCAGUUGCUAUCAACCCUCCUUCUGACUCUGAUGCUGUGGCUAUGAAAGUUGAUCCUCCACUUGCUACUGUGGUUGCUGAAUCACCUUCUGCACAAGGCUCUGAGGUUAUUGAGGUCUCCAGCAAUGAUGAGGAUGAUAGCGAUAGUGAUGAGGUCGAGUUCAUGAGCAGAAACCUUCUAAACCUCUCACCAGUGCAUUCGAAGAAGGGCAAGGGUCACAGUCGCAAGUCCACCAAGGCUUCCAAAAUGACUACGAACUCGGAGGACCAGUAUGUGCGCAUGCCUGUGCACACCUUUUGUGAUCGCUCCCUUCCUCCAGAGUAUCUCCUGGCUUGGCAGAAGCUGUCUAUUGCUUGUUUGAAGCUGUACCAUCAGAAGGACUGGCCACUGCCCAAGAUGCCAGAUGCUAAGGUGAUUAUGAAGGCUUCCAGUCACCAGGGUGACUAUGAUGAGCAGAUGCGCGAUGCAAACACUGCCAGCAGCGAUUAUGCCAUGAAGCUCGAGCUCCCGCUGGACACACCAAUUGAUGAAUAUGAAACUGUGAUUGCCCUGGCCCCACACCUUCAUAGGCCUCCCCUCUUUCAGUUUCGUUCCUGGCUAACUGACCUCCCUCCAGGUCCGGUCCAUACCUUGCCCGACACACCUGAGCCCAAUGCUGAGUCCGACGCUGAAGGCACAUCUGAGAUUGUUACCGUCAAGCAAGAGAAGGGCACUGCUGGGCCUUCUCAUCAUAAGCCUCUCAAGUGUCCUCACUUCAACGACUCCGACCCGGAUAACAUCAUGAUGCAACAUGCCCACGUCAGCACCAUUGUCGUUCCAUCUACCAAGGUUCUCAAGCCGCACUCGUCAAAAGGCAAGGCUCAUGCAAAGGGCUCUUUCAAAGCUGCGACCAUGAAGUCAGAGCCAUUUAGCUCUUCGCCAGCCACCAUUGAGCCUUCCGAAACCAGUACACAACUUGAGUGGAUGAUCGAGCUGUUGCAGCAGCUUCACAAGAAGAAUCAGGCCUUGAGGGCUCACAAGUAA